AUGACAAAGAUCUCAAAUCAUCAUGAGGCUCUCUUUACGAUCACAUACAACUGCUCCACCACGAACUCGCUCGAUUUUUCGAAUAAGAACUCGCCGAUAGAUCCAUUGAAAAGCCCUCGAUCAUACAAGCAUUUUGACCGCAUCACCGACCGCAUACCCCAUGUGGUGGUGAAGUUAUCCCCCAAACAUGAACCAGACAUUGUUCAAAACUCCUGUGUGGGAUUAUCCCCCAUGGACCCCUAUCACACCACAACCCCGGGCCAAAUUGCCAUACAAAUUGUAAGGUGA